AUAACUUUUUCUCUGCAGAUAAUGUCCUCUGCCGUUGAUGGGGAUCGGUCUGGGCGCAAGACGUCAUCCAAGCGCAAGCAUUUGGCGUGUAGGGAUUGUGACACCCCUCUAGCAGACUCCUAUGAAUUUAAUAGGUGUCCCUCUUGCCGUCCUCCUCCUCUGCCUCCUGAUACGGAGCCUACCAUACGGGACGUAGUAGUCUGGGUAAAGGACUUUGUGGAGUCCUCAAUGAACACCCUAAGGGAUUCCGUGUCAUCCAGAAGACCCAGUGUCCGAUCUCCUCUGAGACCCACUCCUAUGCAGGAGGAAGCCUACCAUACCGUGGACGAAGUCCAUUCCUCUGAGUCUAGCGGGGAGGAAGAAGAGGCUGUAAGGUACUUCUUUCCUGUAGAGAAGACCCAGAGGUUACUUAGAUCCAUCCGGUCGGGGGACCAGGAUGUUGAUCCCGGGGAAGCUUCAGAGUCCACCUCUAGGGGGCCAAGGGCCUUCAAAGUGGACGAGACUCUGUCUCGGUUAAUGAAACUAGAAUGGAAGCAUCCUGAGAAAGCAUCGGUCAUCUCAAAGCGCUUCAAGCCCAUGUUCCCGAUUGUGACAUCCCAAUUAGACCAGUGGGGCACUGUGCCCAAAGUUGAUUUGGCAAUUGCAAAAUUGUCUAAGAGGACCCUUGUCCCGGCUGAUGACGGCUCCAACUUACAGGACCCGAUGGACAGGCGGGUAGAAUGCACCUUGAGAAGGUCUUACUCCACCGCUGCUGCUGCUGCAUCUGUGGCUAUAUCCUCAGGUGCAGUCGGAUAUCGACUCUGGCAUAUCCCGUGAUGACAUCCUGGCGCAGUUUAAGUCCAUUCUACUUGCCGUGGAAUUUCUGUGUGACUCCGGCCCACAGCAGUUAAAAUUAGCCUCUAAGGCUAUGGCCCUCUCUUCAGCGGGUAGGAGGCCACUAUGGCUAAAACCUUGGGUGGCAGAUAAUGCCUCCAAGUAUAAUUUAU